UUAGGGGAAAUAUUGUAUGAAUUUUUCACUGCUUAACCCUGGUUUUAUUUCCUUGCUUUUCAGCUACUGAGGCUAGUUGCGCCCCAAGGAAAAAGUAUAUAAGUUCGGAAUGCCUGGGAACCCAGUUAAAGCAUAAAAACGUUUCCAGAUGUGUCUAAUAGAGAUGUAACAACGAGCAGUAAUCACAUAAACUCUGUGGAAAAAGAAAAUAAAACUACUUUUCUCAACUCUGGUUUUGGCAGUUCUUAAUUGGCCCUAUGGAGGAAACUGUAAGCAGUCGGCCAUCUGGAGGCUGCCAUUUGAACUUGCCCCCAAUGAAAAUGCUAGCGGGGUGCUUAAGGGAAUGCAAAAAAAAAUCUGGAGACACUUCCUCUUUUUGGAUGGAUGGCCCACAUGGACAAGAUGUUGAGGUUGGGCUGGUGUGGAUGCAGGGACGUGUAACUGAGGUGCGGCCAGAUCGUGGCACCACAAUCCGUAUAACUGAUGACACUCACACCUUCACUGUGUGUGGGGCAGACAAGGUACCUAAAGGCAAGCCCUUUCUCGAGAAAGGAAAAUAUGUAAUGGUAAUGGGGUCUGUGCUGUCUUGCAGCCCUGAACCUGUUUUGCGUGCUGUGAAGAUUACAGAUUUAUCAGACAACCCUGUACACCAAAGCAUGUGGAAGCUUGAAGUGGAUGAUUUCCAUGUAAAUAGUAAAUGUACCAAAAAUGUGUAAUGGUUCAGAAAAAGCUAGUCUAAAAUGUUUACAGGGUAAUAUUUUCUUGUAUAAUUCGAAACUAGUACGGCUUAUCUAACAUGACAGACUAUUUAUUUUACGUUAUUGGAGACAAGUGCUAAUUGUAAUGGUGGGACAGAGUUAAGUAUGUACCAAAUUAAAUUCACCAUUAGCUUCUCAGUGAAGCAUUCAUGCUUAUUCAAAGAACACACCACAGACACUGUACCAGGCUAGAACAGGAUCCAUUUGCCAUAACAUACUAUGUAAAUAAAUAAACCACCAAAACUGGGAUGUAAAUUGAAAUAACUAGCUG